AUGGCGGAUAUUGACACGUCUACGCCCCAUGAGACGGUUCAGACACCAUCGGAUGAUGAUAUUUCUGAGCCUCAGGCCGUACCAACAUCGAAACAACAUUGGGAUCCUCAAUACCCAACACUGGCAUGGUCGACAUCAACCGACCAGUUGCCUAACAGCGGGCCUAACAACAUGAAACAAAUUAGCCUGGUGAAACACAAUUGGCCGCACAAAGCCCGUACCUCAAGUGGCUCCGUACGAUAA